AUGAGGUUCUCAGAAGUGGGGCCGGCGAUCACACAUCUCUUGUUUGCUAAUGACAACUUAUUCCCCUGCCACGCUUCUGAGAGGCAAGCCUCAGCCCUACAGAGAAUACUGAAGUUUUAUGGCGAAGCUACCGGUCAAAACAUUAACCUGGAAAAAUCAUCGAUAUCCUUUGGUGAUAAUGUAGAAAGUGAUUCAAAGGGAGCCACUCAAGAUAUCCUAGGAAUCAUGAAUCAGGGAGGUGCAAGCAAGUAUCUGGGACCAUACCCAAGGGAGACUAGAUGUGUGGUACUAUCAGCACCUGUCACAAGGAGGCAAGGAAGUAUUGAUCAAAUCAACAAGAUCGUCUCUCUCGACCUUGCUAUGUCGUGUUUCAGGCUGCCCAAAACGAUCAUUGCCAAGUUAUCUAGCAUGUUAGUGGCCUUCUGGUGGGGAGAUGAGGAUCACCAUAGGAAAAUUCACUGGGUCUCUGGGAAAGGCUUUGCUUACCUAAAGAUCAAGGUGGACUGGGCUUUAGAGACCUUGAAGCCUUUAAUCAGGCAAUGCUUGCUAAACAAGCGUGGAAGGUACUUUCCAGAUGGUGAAUUCUUAUCUGCUUCCUUAGGGGCCAUGCCCUCUUAUGCGUGGCGAAGCUUGCUGUAUGGGAGAGAGCUCUUGCUGAAAGGUCUCAGACAUAAGGUAGGCAAUGGGCUUCAUACCAGAGUCUGGAUUGAUAAAUGUAUUGCUGAUCCGGUUGAAGGCUUGGGAUCUCCGUGGAUUAAAAAUGUUAGUUUUGAUGUCAACUUGAUGGCUUUCUCGCUAAUAGAUCCAUCGACUCGCAAAUGGAAUGAAGAGGCUCUUAAUGAAGUGUUUGUCCCCUCUGACACUGAGUAUAUGCUAAGGAAUCAACCAAUAUUAUCUAAGGAGGAUUUUAAGCCUGAGGCUUUCAAUCAGCCGUCGGUGAACAUACUAAAGGAGAAGGUUUGGAAAGUCCCCACCUUGCCAAAGAGCAGAGUCUUCUUAUGGAAAGUUCUUAAUGGGGAUCUGCCUGUUACGGCUUUGAUGGAAUCAAGAGCAAGACAAGUAUGGGCAAUUUCUGGUAUCCCUAAUCCCCGGGUUGGGUUUAAUCAAAGCUCGAUCUUUGAAAAUAUCAUUUACUUAUUAGGUAUGAAGCAAGAUCGAAUGGAGGACAAUAGGUCACUUAGAACUUGGCCUUGGGUCUUAUGGAUUAUUUGGAAAGAUAGGAAUGACUUAUUGUUCAAGAGCGUUCUUCCGAACCCCUCAAACAUCUUGCUACGACCGAAACACGAAACAAAGGAAUGGUUUGAGGCCCAAAUUGUUGAGAAAAAUCUUCAGCUUGAGAUGCAGGUUAAGCCAAAGAAGGGCAGAGCUAAAUGGAAGCCUCCAUUGACAGGUUGGACGAUGUGUAAAGUGGGAGUGACUCGGAACAAAUCCACCAGAUUAGCAGGUGGAGGAUGGGUGCUACGCAAUGAAAGGGGAGUAGUCAUAUGUCACCGUAGAAGAGCUUGUAGCAAUGUAUGUUCUAUUGAUGAUGCUAGGUUUGUGGUGAUACUUUGGACUCUUGAGAGUAUGGGAAGUCAGAGGAUCUCUAACGUUGUGGUGGCGGGUGAGUUUGCGGAAUUGUUUGAAGCUGUGGAAAGGCCCCAAGUUUGGCCCUCCUUCCUGCAUUAA